CUACAUGGAGUUUAAUUUAAUUUGGAAUUACAUGUACUAGAAUAUUUACAAAAAAAUAAAAAUAAAACAAGUACUAGAAUAUAACCACUUUUAAGAAGGAGAGGGGGAGUAAAACAAAAGAAGGAUGGGAGAGGAAGGGAAAGCUUUGCUGAAAGAAAUCAAUCCCAACAAAGCAUUUGGGCGAUUAAAAUCGAACGCAUUCGACGAGCUGCACAGCUUCAUGUCAUGGCUGAAAUGGAUGUGCGUGGACCAGUCCGACCGGCGGUCCGCCGCCCUCUCCUGGGCGGUCUUCGUCUCCAUGACCGUCGUCGUCCCCUGCUUCUCCCACUUCUUCCUCGCCUGCACCGACUGCGACGCCCGCCACAGCCGCCCCUACGACGCCGUCGUCCAGAUCUCCCUCAGCGGCGUCGCCGCCCUCUCCUUCGUCUCCCUCUCCGCCUUCGUCCGCAAAUACGGCCUCCGCCGCUUCUUGUUCUUCGAUAAGCUCUGCGAUGAGAGCGAGGCUGUCCGGCAAUGGUAUACCCAACAGCUCAAUAGAUCAUUGGAAGUCCUCUUCAUAUUUGUCUUGCCUUGUCUUGCCGCUGAAGGGGCAUACAAGAUAUGGUGGUACGCCUCAGGCGGGACCCAGAUCCCGUUCCUGGGCAACGCCGUCGCGAGCGACGUCGUUGCCUGCAUGCUGGAGCUCUGCUCGUGGCUCUACAGGACGGCCGUCUUCUUCCUCGUCUGCGUCCUCUUCCGCCUCAUCUGCUACCUCCAGAUACUCAGGCUCCAGGAUUUCGCCAAGGUGUUCCAUCAGGACUCCAAUGUGGAGUCCGUGCUGAGGGAGCACCUCAGGAUCAGGCGGUACCUGCGGAUCAUCAGCCACAGGUACCGCGCUUUCAUCCUGUGGGCCCUCGUGCUCAUCACCGCCAGCCAGUUUGCUUCCCUUCUCGUCACCACACGUUCCGCUGCCGAUCUCCAUAUCUACAAGAGUGGUGAACUUGCGUUGUGCUCGGUGAGCCUUCUCGCGGGCCUCAUGAUUCUGCUGAGAAGUGCAACAAGAAUCACGCACAAGGCUCAAGGCGUGACAUGUCUUGCUGCCAAGUGGCACGUGUGUGCCACAAUAGACUCGUUCGAAUCCGUCGAAGCCGAGACUCCCACCGCCGCCACUCAGAGCGGCGGUGGGGCCCACUCUUUUACGCCGACGAGUUGCUAUGAUGGAUCUUCUGAUGCGGAUGAUGAUGGUGAUGAUGAUGUCGGGGACGAAGAAGACGAGCUAGACAACACCAAGUUUGUCCGCUCAUAUGCUAAUAGCACCAUCUCUUUUCAAAAAAGACAAGCAUUGGUUACGUACUUUGAGAACAACAGAGCGGGCAUAACGGUUUACGGGUUCAUGUUGGACCGGACAUCGCUUCACACAAUAUUCGGCAUAGAAUUGUCGUUGGUGCUCUGGUUGCUGGGUAAAACCGUGGGCAUUUCUUGACUGAUCAUUCAUUCUGCAGAGAUUCAUGAUUCAUUCAUCCAUUCAUCAAUGGUGAAAGAUCAGAUCCAAGGGGGAUUGUAAAGGCUGUAUAAUUAUAUUUCCAUUGUUUUGUUUUGUUGAUUAUAAUGUAUACCCAUCAUUGUACAACUCUUUUGUUGUUUGAUUUGUAUAGUGAUAUGCUCUUUUGGAGUUUUGCAAACAAGCAUGUCCCAUAUUUUUAAGUUGUCUUACUUUUUAUGAUA